AUGUCGAAUUUAGGACCUGCUUCUCAGCCCUCCUCUGUUGAGCGGAGCCCUGAGGUGCUGCUACCAAAGGAGGCGCCAGUGAUGAGUUCCAAGGAGGAGGUAGGCGAGACGGAUAAUCACCACGACAAUUCAGACGAAUAUGUGACAGGCGUCAAACUGGUGUUGAUUGUCGCGAGCGUGGCGCUUGCUUGUUUCUUGAUGCUUUUGGACACGAUGGUCGUCAGCACGGCAAUCCCGAGUAUCACCGACACUUUCAAUUCGCUUCCAGAUGUCGGGUGGUAUGCCAGUGCAUACCAGUUUGGCAGUGCUGCUCCACAGCCACUCACAGGAAAGGUGUAUACGCACUUCAACACCAAGUGGUCGUUCUUGUCGUUCUUCGCGAUAUUCGAGAUCGGUUCCAUUUUGUGUGGUGCUGCUGCCUCGUCCGAUAUGUUGAUCGUCGGGCGCGCCGUCGCUGGAUUCGGCGCUGCUGGUAUCACCAAUGGCGCCAUAACCAUCAUUUCGAGUUGUGCACCUCUUGAGAAGCGUCCUGCACUCAUCGGUCUGACUAUGGGUUUGAUGCAGUUCGGUCUUGUAGCAGGACCUCUCAUAGGAGGUGCUUUUACCACAUAUACUACAUGGAGGUGGUGCUUCUAUGUCAAUUUACCGGUUGGAGCAUUUACUGCACUGGUCAUCCUUCUAGUGCCAGUUCCUGAACAAAUGCCAAAACAAAAGGCUUUCGUAAUUUUCUCGAGAUUGCACCACUACUUAGAUCUUCUUGGAUUUGCUCUCUUUGCACCUGCCGUCCUUCAACUCCUACUUGCUCUGCAAUAUGGAGGCAAUCAGUACGCAUGGAGGUCUUCCACUGUCAUAGGACUAUUCUGUGGAUCCGGUGCAACUUUUGUCGUGUGGCUCCUCUGGAAUCGACACAAAGGAGAUGAUGCACUUCUCCCACACUCAAUGAUAAAACAGACAGUUGUGUGGGCAUCGGGGCUUUUCCAGGCUUUCAUGAUUUCGGCUGUUUACGGUGCAACAUUCUUUCUUCCCAUUUAUUUCCAGGCUAUCAACAAUGUGACAGCGAUGUUAAGUGGUGUAUAUCUUUUGCCCACGAUUCUGCCGCAGCUCUUGAUGGCUGGUCUCUCUGGAGUUUUGUUACAGAAAAUGGGCUAUAUAAUUCCAAUAGCUGUAGUUGGCACUAUUUUUCUUGCCCUGGGAAGCGGACUCUAUUCGCUGCUGCAGCCCGAUAGUUCGACUGGGGAUUGGGUCGGCUUCCAAAUUCUGGCAGGUGUUGGGUCAGGGCUCAGCAUGCAACUAUCGAUCAUCUCAAUCCAAGCCGCCGUCGGAGAAGCGCAGCUUGCCACCGGUAUGGCCCUCGUUAUCUUCGCUCAAUCACUAGGUCCAGCUCUCGUUUUGGUUGUGUGUAAUGUGAUUUUCAACUCCAGCUUGAAGUCUCAGCUACUAGACAAGGCACCGCGCACCGAUGCGGCGGCAGUGAUUCAGGCAGGGGCUACAGGAUUUCGUGCCAUUGUGAAGAGUGAUGAUCUCCCUGGGGUCCUUGCUGCCUACGCCACCAGUGUUGACCGAGUUUUUUAUUUCGUUACCGCAAUAGCUGCUGCAUGCAUUGUCGUGUUGUGGGGUAUGGGUUGGCAUGAUCUAAGAACAAAAGGCAAUAAAGUGGAAGACGGGGCUGUUCACUCUGAUAAGCAUGGGGAGUCGGCGUGA